AUGCUGUACAAACCUCUCGAUAACACAAAGAACGAGAUCCGAAUUCUUGAGUUCAUUGAUCCUUUCAACCCAAUCUCAACAGAAGAACUCAUCCAAUGCUCCAUCAAAAACGUUCCGCUCAGAGAAAUCUACCCACACUUUCGAUCGGGUAAAGACAACAUGCUAAGUCAAAAGUGUCCAGAAGUGUGGGACAAGUUCACAAAGUGCGUGGACCUACGAGAUGCGGCCCUGGAACAGACAACAAUCGAUGAGGCUACAACUGUCGGCCUUACACACACCCACAAUCAUGUAGGCAGGUCUCGUUAUGCUUGGGGCGAUUUCGAAGCUUUGUCAUACACGUGGGGAAAUGAAGGCGAUGCAGAGAGCAUCAUCGUGAAUGGAGACCGUAAAGAAGUUUCGAAGAACCUCGAGGCAGCAUUGAGAACCUUGCGAGGUUUGCAAGAGACACGCUUGGGUAUGUCUUAUUGGGUGGAUUCGCUCUGUAUUGAUCAAGGAAACGUUGAAGAGCGAAAUGCGCAGGUCAAGCGGAUGAGGGAGAUCUACGGCAGAGCUAGAUCUGUAAUCGUAUGGCUAGGUCAAGCAGCCGAAACCGAUAAGAUCACAGUUGAGACCAUGCAUCAUCUUUGCCGGCAUCCAUGCGUUGAAGAAACGCUACGGCUUCCACUGGAUUUGAUGGUCGAGGGAUGGCAUGCCCUUUCAACGUUUGCACGAAAGCCUUAUUGGAACCGAGCAUGGAUUAUCCAGGAGCUCGCUAUGAACCACAACUCGACUUUGUUCUUGUGUGGGAAAUACAAAUUGACAAGACGAAUGCUGCGUUUGGGGGCGAUCUACUGUCAAGAGCUGUUACAAGCCUACGAAGAUCGAUCUUCUCAAUCUAACCACGACCUAGAUCCGGCUGUGUGGCUCGAGGCCAGUCGUGUGUAUCGCCUAGCAAGUCUUACCUUCAAUCCAAAUGCUGAAAUAAGGUUGGACCGCUUGUUGAAUCUUGUCCGACGAGCUGAUGCGACCGACAAAAGGGAUAAAGUCUAUAGCAUCCUCGGCUUGCUGGAUCCUGCUGUUUCUGCAGAAAUUGUUCCAAAUUACAAGCUCUCAGUGCAGCAGAUUUUCACCGAAUUCACCAAGGCUGUUAUCAAGAACUUGGGAAGCCUUGAUCAAAUUGUGUUUGGAGGAAUCCCAACCCAGGAAGGAUGGCCCUCAUGGGUACCCGACCAGAGACUGCCAUUUGUUCGUCACCAUAUCCGGUAUCUGAGGUCUCGUCGAGCGAGCGGAACCCUACCCGCUAGCAUCCGAUUUUGUGAGCAAGGAAGAAAUCGUGAGCUUCUUACUUGCAGCGGAAUCCAAGUGGACACGGUCGAUGGCACCGCAGCUGGAACUUCUCAACUUACUAGUCAUAGCAAACCACGCUUUGGGUCAAACCGAUAUAGUGGCCGAACAUCUGACGCGCUUGAGAAAACCUUACUCAUGAGCCAUCCAGGAGUAAGGGAGAAGGCACUUCUGGACAUACCAUGGUCUUCGAACCGCAGUACUAGCUCUUGCCAUCUUCGUCGAACGCUGACAUGGCCCAACGUCUCCCAGUCGAGCUAUUUUGAGCAAUUUAACGAGUUCAGAAAACACAAUCGAGAUUUCCGUGUUGGAGGCAAGGAACUCGGAAGCUUCUUUCCACAGGAUGACGAUAAGAGCGUGGAAACCAAGGCCAACCGGGCAUCGUGA